CGCGGCUGCGAAGGAGCUUCCAUGUGACAUCGUCAUCGAAUCAGUCACGACAUCUUGAAAUAACGUUUCAUUACACCGCGCGAUCACAGCGAACGUGUAUACUGGGCCGACUUCACAGGUGACUCUGCCGACGUUUGCCCCAUGGUGUAUGUGAGGGCAAACCCAGCGUAAACAUUCGACGGCACAUCUGAUGCCGGGAUUCGAACCCAAGUUACUUCCCAGUUUGGUGGCCCAGGCUUGUGUUAUGAAACUUUAAUAAACAGGCGCGCCCAACUUUUAUGAUCAUAGCUCUGCGCUAUAAAUUAAAGCAGCCUAAUUAACUUUGUGCACCACUUUUGUGACUCACCUAAUCAGUCAACAAUACAAACUAACUUCAACACCUUGCAGCUUACCCUAAACGCUUCACACACACGCACGCAAAAAACCCGCUGAUAAAGUCUACUUAAUUAAAGGGACUGUCGCAUCCGGAACCGUGGUUACGAAUCCAAUACCAAUGUGUUCGGUACACUACCACGAGCUAUUUGCCAAAUUUUCUCCUUCCAAAACGGACCAGGUGAUGAGGAAUCGAAUUUAAAAGAUCCGGUUUCGUUUUCAUCCUCGAAAGCGCCAGCGCCAACAACAUCGCGUGACGCAAGGUCGAAUCUGGCUAAUCCGCUGUGAAGGACGCUGUCGUCUGCCGCCAAGUCUGGGGCUGCUUUGUUUUUUUCCGGCACGUCGCCCGUAUUCACAUGUGACACUUUCUAGUGACUCGGAUACUAUCGCUACGCUUGCAUCCUUCGCGUGGGAUGUCGUUUGGAAACCGACGCAGCGUUCCCGACUCCAGGAAAACUUCCUUCGAAAACCUCGAUGUUUGAUUUCGCACGCCAAGGAUACAUCUACAGCCAGACCCCAGACGAAGCGAAAGUUGGAAGCAGCUACAUCACUAACGGGUAUCCAGAUGAAGCAAGGAGUGUUCAUGCUGUCCGUGUAUGCUCCUCGCAUUUCACCGAUAAUGUGUACCUGGAUGAGAACAUCAUGGAAGUGCAACUUGGAUUGACACAAAAAAGGAACGAAUUGAAACUUGACGCCGUUCCGACAGUGUUCCACGAACAAAGCGAGCCAGCAACUUCGACACUGCAGGCAGUUCGACAGGGUCAAGCGCAAGUGAAGGACCAGGUGCUGCUGAUCAAGUCCCAUCCAUCCAUGAAACGGCAUCAAGCAAUGUACGUGUGUGCACGGCAAUUUUGCUGAG